UAUAUGAUUUUUCUUAUUAUUUAGAAUAUUUAAAUGUAUUUAUAUUUGACCGCUAUUUGACUAUGCGCUAUUUGUCGCUAUUUUGCCGUAAUAGCCCGAAAUAACCUUAGCGGUACCUCGUCGCGACGUGCCGCAAUCCGCUAUCAGCAACCUUGCUAUUACCAUAGGUUUACAGUAGGGAUCAACCUUAAGUCCUUAUAUCUUUGCAUUAGUUGUGGAUCAACUUACUUGACGUAUUCAAGAGAAAGUCCCAUGUUGUAUGUUAUUUGUUUAUGAUGUAGUAUUAGUUAAUUAACAACCCUUCCUCUCCAUCGGUUUAAUUUAUGAAUCAUACUGAUACUCUAGAAAAGUUCAAAGUAUCAUUUAUUCUUUUUUAUUUCUGUAGCCUUCUGAUCCUCUUACUUGACAAUUAUCGUUAGCCUAUAUAUGCUAUUGCAAUUAAAUAAUAGAUCUCAGCCCCAACACUAAUUGCGUAUAUCAGCUGUAUUAUUGUUUGAUUUUUUUUUUUUCAUUUUUAAUUAAAUUUAAAGCUGAUAUAGUAUCAUUUACUAUAGUAGCAUUUUCCUGUCUUCACCAUAUAUUUGUAAGGUGAUGUAAUGGCCCAUGCGAGGUGGCAAUUCAUCCUUGUAGUACUUAUGCAUGAACACCAUUAUAUUACAGAAUUUUUUUCCAUGAUUCAUCCAUCAGUAAUGCUGUUAGAAUUAAUUCUUAAGUUCGCAGGAAUUAUCAUUUGCCAGGUACUCGGUUAUGUUCCAUGUGACAUGAUUUUUUUGGUUGUGUGACAGAUGAAGCUUCUAAAAUUUUUGCUAUUUGGCCACUUCUUAAAAGUUGUUUUGUUGAAAUUUACUUGAUGAUUGUGAAAUGUAUCUGUCAUCUCAGGUUCGAGUAUUCUUUUCUGUUCCAGAAAUUGUAGCAGCUAAAAUUGACCUACCUGAUUCUUUUUAUAAUCUGUCUGCGGAGGAAAUAAAAAGAGAAGCAGAACUAAGGAAGAAAAAGAUAGCAGAAUCUCAGUUGCUGAUUCCAAAAUCUUUCAAGGAGAAGCAGGCCCUUGCUGCACGUAAGAAAUAUAAGCGAGCAGUAAUACGAAUUCAAUUUCCUGAUGGAGUAGUGCUCCAAGGAAUCUUCCUGCCUUCAGAACCAACUACUGCACUCUAUGAGUUUGUAAGCUCUUCACUGAAAGAACCGUGCUUGGAAUUUGAGCUUCUGAGUCCUGCUGUUGCUAAAGUGCGUGUAAUCCCUCGUUUCACAACAGUAGGAGAUAGAAGGCCACCGACGCUUGAAGAGGAACGCUUGGUCCCGUCAUCACUUGUCAAGUUCAAGCCUAUCGAGACUGAUUCCUUAGUUUUCACUGGCCUCACCGACGAGCUGCUUGAAGCCAGCGAACCACUUACAAGCAACACGACUGUAUUGUAGCUGUGAUAUAAAAACUUGCAAGGUUUGAACAAAAGGAAACUUCAUAGCAAAUAUGCCUCUUGAAACACUGUACAUUGAGAUUUAACUAUGUCCUGAGAGUGUCCAUUUGUUUGUAAUUAUUUGAUCCAUUCUUUCCUGAUGUCAGUUUAAGAUGUUAAAACUUUCUUAUAAUGUUUGAUAUUGGAUACAUGAUCCAAAACGUAUCAGUUUGUAAUAUUUCUUUUGAAUAUCAGCUCUCUUUAAAUAUCUGUUGGUAAUCUAUUGCCGGCAUA